AUGGUUUCUCUCAAAUAACUUCUAUUGCUUCAUAUAAUAGGUCUUUUUUUUUUGUUGUUCUUUUUUUUUUUGGAGCUGGGGACCGAACCCAGGGCCUUGCGCUUCCUAGGCAAGCGCUCUACCACUGAGCUAAAUCCCCAACCCUAUAAUAGGUCUUUCUUAAGGACAUUUCCCAGACCACACAAUGGCUUUCCCUGGCUAUUAACAAGUAUGCUUUGUGGGGAGGAAGGAGGGAGGGCAUUACUUGGAAGAACUACACCUGAACUAACACUGAAGACUGAUUUUCCUUCAUGUCUGUCACACUUUUUGAUUAAAUCACAGUGGCCAGCUUGAGGAACAUCAAAUCUAUGAUCUCCUGAUCAAGGGCACUCUUUUAUUAAAGAAUAAAUCCAGUGCUAUGGGGGUGACUAUGGGUUCAGUUAAAAGAAGGGAAAGCUAUGUGUAAAGUCCAGGUAUAGACAUUUGAGAAUUCAUAGGAACAAAGACCAUGAUCAUUAUGAAACUGCUUCUGAUUUAAACCCAGUGCAAGUGAAUUUAUGGAAAUACUAAGCUGUUUUCCUAACCGUCCACUAGUUUGCAUGUCUUAACAGAAGAUAAUGCUACUGAAAGUUAACAUUUGCAUCUUACUAGAGUUCAGUAGUGGAGACAUAGAGCAUUAGCAGGAAACGGGAAUUUGCCAGAAGACUAAGGAUCCUCCACAGACAUGAACGUCAUGUCUCCUCUUCGAGGAGAGUCAUGUCAUAAACAGGAAGCCAAAGCUUCUAUUUUCUUCAUUUGAACUGUGUUGUUGAAGGAGGUGCAUGACGGUGCCAAGUUCAGCAGUGGGCACUGUGGUGGAUUUGCAUUGUUUCUACCACCUGGCGAUACUUCCCCGAAGUUGCCCCCUUGCACGUUAGGACUGGACAGGAGAUAAAUUGUGCAGGAUAGAAGGUGGGUGUGGGACAGCAGCCAUCUUGUAUUGUCUCUGCAGGUUGGCCUGUGGUUCAGGUACCCCUGUAUGUGCUUAUCAACUUAUCAGCUUCUCUUUUAUUAUCUGGUUGUUUGUUUGUUUGUUUAUCUUUCUUUUCAUCCCUCAGAGAUGCAGACCACUCGAGGCCUUGUGCAUGUUAAGAGAACACUAGCUCUCAGCUACAUGCUUAGCCCACCAGCUCUCUUAUUGCACCUCCCCCACUUCCCACAAGCCUCCUCCUUGAGCUUCUUUUGGUCUUAGCCCAUGUACAGACGUACAGUGGUGCAGAGUCAUGGCUUCCCAAGGUCACCCUCCAAACAGUAUUGAAGGAAGUUCGUCCUCAUUACGUCCCUGUGGGUCACAGUUCAGCCAAGUGUUUGUCGUCAUCCAGCUUUCCUUCCCAUGUGUUAGUCCAACAUCUCUGUAAAUUCAGGCAGGGGAAAACAGCUUUGCACAGAGUUCCCACUCACUCUAGACAUCAUGUGACUUAUAACUGUUCUAAUUAAUCUCUAAUUCUUGUUACUCAUUGUGGUCCUACAUCUUUGCUUGUACAAAGUUCAAACAACGCCUAGUGGGAAGAGGGCAAGGACAUGAGGUCAACUGUUCAUCCCAACAGCCACACCCAGAUCUAUGUUGUGAAACUUUAAUGAAACUGACAUUUUAUUAUGGGAUAGUUUUUUUUUUUACCUUUACCAAUCUUUACACACAUUCUGUGUGAUCUACUUAUGAUUCAAGAAUUCAAGACAAAAUGUAUUAGAGGAAAGUUACUCCUGACAACUGUUUCAUUUGUCAGCAUCCUCUGACCCAGACCACAGAGAAAGCAGCUAUGGUGCUGCUCUCUUGCUGGAGUCUGCAGGUGUGCCUCUCAGGUGGGAUCCUUCAGCAGAGGCUAGCUCAAGUGAGCUCCUGGGCUUUUGUCCAGGGUUUUCUAUCACUUCAAACACUGUGGGGGCCUGGAGAGCACAGAAAUAGUUCACCGAGUUUUCCAGAUGUAAAAUGACGAGGCUAAAGGAGUUAGCUGGUUUCUGGAGGAAGACAGAACAGAGACUGCCCUUGCACUCUCAUUGAAAGAACUCUGGCAGAUUAGGAAAGUGACUUCUCACCUGGAAAUUUGUUUGUGCCAAGAGCAGGGUGAGGACUUCUUUACUGUCUGAAUGUGUCUGAAGGGCCUUGAGGUGCUUUCUAGAUCUUGUGGGAACAAUCAGAAAACUGAUGAUGGUUUGGUGCUGUGCAUAAGAUACUGUGAGAAACAGACUGAUAUAGAAAUAGCAGACAUACCUGACAGAAGACACAGUCUGCUUGCUUUUCUCCAAUCCCUGUUGCCUCACUAGGUCUGAAGAUCAUGUGCCUGGGAGCAACGUUUCAUUGUUAAUAUCACUACCAGAGUGUGAACCUUCUAUUCCAGAGAUAUACAAACACUAACGCACAGCAGGCAAGAGAGCAGUGUGUGACACAUGACCCUCUGCCUAAUCAUGUCUUUUCUGUCUUGGCUCAGAGUUCUGACCACACAUGAAUUACCUCAAUUCUUAUGCUAUACCCCAACCAGGAAAUGGAUCACCCUCCCUAGGUUCACAGGCCACAGGGUUGAACACAGACAGAAAAGGCAUGACUCACCACAAACCGUUGCUUCUUAUCUCUCUGACUUUCCCUGGUAAUUAAGUCAGGCAGUAACUGAAAACAGAGAGCUGGGAAAGCCAGUAGCUUUGAGGGCUGGAGCUGGAAACAGACAGCUACACAGCUGGUGUGCUUCAGCGCGAUUCAGUGGAACAACUUGGGAGAUACAUUUAAAGUAUAAUUCAUCAUGAAUAAGGGAUUCUCCUUGUCAUCGAGCUGCAGGUCACCAACAGAACAUAGAGGUUUUCAUUGUAAAAAAUCAGAUAGCUUUAUGAGAAGUGAAAACUCAUAGGUCUUUGUCUUAAGAAAGUCAAUUAUAUCCAAAAUAAGGACAGCAUCUUGCUUUCCUUCUUGACUCCGGAGCCUAUUUAAAAUCUGCAGCUAAUAAAGCAACUUCUAAAAGUCAAGCUUUUUAUUGUCUGUGUUUUGUGGACUUGUAACAGGAAUUAAAAUAUUUUCCUUUGAAAACCCAACAUUGAGGUUUAUUUACUAGGUAUUAAAAUGAUGGAGACAUUCGAUCAUGUUGCCUUUGCACGAAGACUCGUGCUUAGGAGAUUGUGUGCCAGGGUUGCUCUGAUACUAGACUUUCCACCCUUCUGAUGCGAGGUAUUUGGUUCUAAUUCUAAGAGGCUAUAUUUUUAAAUUUGGAAAAUCAUCUCAGAAUGAGCACACCAAGCAUGUCUGUGAUACAGUGCUAGAAAUUGUCACUGUAAAAUGUGACACAUACAUACACAUAUUCAUGAAUGCAUGUGUACAUCAAGAAUGUUCCUGGAAUAUAUACAUCAAACAUGCCCUUAUGUGUGUUGAAGGGUGUGUGUGUGUGUGUGUGUGUGUGUGUGUGUGUGUGUAGUGCACGCGCACUACAAACCUUUAGUAGAUAUUAACACCACCAAACUUGGUGACUGAAUUUUUGUAGUCUGCUAUUACAGUGUUAAAACUGUCUAGACUCUUCCAUUUGAUUUAAUGAUUUUAAUGAGGGAAUUACCACAAAAAGGCCAAAAGGGAAAAUGAAAAGAACGUACAGAGAAGGUCCCUGAGAGGUACCUGCUGUUUGAUGAGGAUUUAAACAACGGAGCACUGAGUGCCACGUGGGCGAGUUUGAAUCGUUUGAAGUCUGUUCUUUGCUUUUCAGCUCCAGUAUUGACAGGAAACCAUCAUUCUGGUUUUGUUUCUGUAGCCAAGCAUGUCCACGGAGACCUGGGGACAUCAUCAUGGCAGAGUGUCCUUUCAUCAGUAUGGCCCUGCUUGGUGUUAUUGACAGAGCUGUGCAGGCUCCCUUGUCAGUGGAUAGUAGCUGCCCCUGAAAUGUGAUCAUUUUGGGAGGGAAAGGUCAAGUUGAAGAAUGCUACAAUAUCUAGAUUGGGCGUCUAUUGCAUUUUAAACACUGCUUUGCCGCUCCAUGUGGUGUAUUUGACAAGUGGAUAAUAUCUGAUAAAAGAUAGAGUUUGGUCUCUUCGGAAGUACUCAACAAGAUCCAUAUGGAAAUGUGUUAAGUUUAGCAAAUCAAUCUGUGAUGAGACAUGAGACCUUAAGCAGAACGCUGGGAAUUGUGUCUGUGAUCCAGUGUAUACACGUCACGAGUCUGGGAUUGCCAGUAUUCUCUCAGCUUUGACUGCUCUCCUGCCUUCAGGCUGAUUGUACAGUGAACAAUGCUCAGUGGCCCAUGGCAUCCCUGAGGAGGCAAAGCAGGAGCUCAUGUUCCUCCCUUUCCUCUCGUUCCAAGCCUUGGAUAGGCAGCACAGCCUCUGCUCGCACUGGGAUUCCACGGUCUCUGGUACUCAUUCACUCUACACCCUUCUUGCUGCCCUUCUCCAGUCACUCUCUCCCACAAUCCUUCCCCCAAUCCCCCUUCUCCUCUGAGCAGGUAGAGCCCUCCUGGGUAUCUCCCCACCUCCCACCAUGGCACUUCCACUAAGGCCAGACAAGGCAGGCCAGAUAGUGGAACUCAUCUCAUGUACAGGCGACAUCUUUUGGGACAGCCCCCAUUCUAGUUGUUUAGGACCCACAUGAAGACCAAGCUGCACAUCUGCUAAAUAUGUCCAGGGAGGUCUAGGUGCAGCUUAUGAAUGUUCUUUGGGUGGUGGUUCAGACGUUGAGAGCCCCAAGGACCCAAAUUAGAUGACUCUGCUGGUCUUCCUGUGGAGUUCCUAUCACCUUUGGGACUGCAAUCCUUUUCCCUAUUCUUCCAUUAACAGUCCCAAAGCUCUAUCCACACUUUGGCUGUGGGUGUCUGUAUCUGUCUGAGUCAACUGCUGGGUGAAGCUUCUCAGAGGACAGCAUGCUUCUGUUUGUAUAGUUCAGGAGACAGUUUAGUCAUGGACUGGAGGCCAUCUCUCAUUUUAUGCUAAAAAGUUACUGGCUGAAGGCAUGUAUGUCAAACCCCCAAAUUUCAAAAGGAUAUUUUUGUUUCGCCAUUCUAUGGAGCAACUCUAAAGUAAAUGAUGCUUAGUAUCUCUCUGAUUCCUUUGUAAAAAAUAUGAGAAGCUCAUAUUGGAAUUAAGUUCAAAUUCCAUUAUCAACCCAAACUAGAGGUUUGGUCACAGCCACCAUCAUCCUUUUGGGGUCUGCAGGUGUGCAUCUCAUCUGGACUCCUACAGAAGGACACUUUCUCUUAGGCAGCUCCUGAUGGUUUUCUAGCCUACACUGUAAGCUAAACUCUAUGAGUCAGUUCCAAAAGAGUGUCGGAGUAUUUCCUGAACCUUGCAGGCGCAGGGCUGAAAUGGUGAGGCUGAUAGUUUUAGUUGCUUCCUGGAAGAACACUGAGGAAUGACUAUUCUAUUGUCCUGGUCAUAAAAACUCCAUCAAAUAUGGAAACUCAUUUCUCCACUGGCAAGAGGCUUGUACCAGGAUUAUUAUAUGGGUGCUGAUUCAUUUAGUUUCAGAUGAACAAUCCAGGGUCACAUAUCCCCUUCUUGCCUGGAUGUGUCUGGUGAGACCUGAGCUACUUUCUGGACCACACUGCAUCCUGUGGGAAUAAAGAGAAAACACAGAUGAUUUUCUGAUAUAAAGAAUAAAAUUCUGUAAGAAUUAAGCCAAUUUAAGUCCUAAAACAUAGAAAUCAAACAGGAUCUAUUUCUUUGCUUUCUCUGGUUGCUUUUCCUGCAGGGUCCCUAUGAAGUCUUGAAUGCCCAUGUGAGACUCCCCUUUAACAUCCAUGUCUCCUCUGACCACAUUUGAGCCAUCCCUAUCUUCUCUAACCAUGAACAAGCAACCCAAGUCUUCUCUAACCUCACUUGAGUCACAGAUGUCUAAACUCAACAUUUUACACUUAAGUUUCUUUUCUAAGAAAAUACAUUCAGGGCUUCAGUCUCUGCUGUGUGGGGCCAGAGUUUAGGUCUUUCCAAAGAUUAGCUAGCAAUUUUGUUCGGAGCUAGCUUUUGAGUUCUGCCCACCGCCAUGGAUGAGCCAUCCGAGAAAGUCGACCCAGUUGUGAACCCAGAAACUCAGAUGAAUGAUGGAUCUCAGAGGAAAGAUGAAGGGGACUCACCAGAUGAUUCAGAAAUCCUACAACCAGAAACACUAGUAAAGGUCAUGAAAAAGCUAACCCUGAACCCCAGUGCCAAGCGGCCAAAAUAUCAUCGUCGUCAAAGGGUUCGUCUCCAGAUUAAGAGCCAGCCUGUGGAGAACAGAAGUGAAAGAAUCAUGAGGGGAGUUCAAAGCGCCUUUCCCAAGAGAAGGGUCCGCACACUGUUGUCGGUGCUGAAAGACCCCAUAGCAAGGAUGAGAAGAUUUGUUCGGAUUGAGCAGAGACAAAGACAGCUUGAAGGAAAUGAGAGAAGAGUUGAGCCAUUCAGAUGUCUCUGUACUUUCUGCCAUUAUCAGAGAUGGGAUCCUUCUGAGAAUGCUAAAAUUGGGCAGAACCAGAAGAAUUAGGGCAGUUUGAAUCAUACACUGUCCUUGCCGUUAACGGUGCCAUGCAGCAGAUGUGAAAGCUGUUUUUUUGUUUAAGAUUAAACUUUUCUUGGUGCUGGGGAAAUCUCUACUUGCUAACCUUUAAAUUAUAUAGGAUGUGUGACAUUUGGAUUCAUGGGAAUGACAGAUUUACCCAAGAAUUGAGCAUGAGUCAAAGCCCGGUAGUUUGAUUUAGAAGGUAAUUGGAAUAGAUCUUUUAUUUUAGAUUUUCUAGUUUGCAGAGAAAUUUGUAAUAGAGGCAAAUUUGUUAUCUUUAAUAAAUACACAGAACAGAUUAGAACGAGCCAUUGGAGAUGGGGACUCGUUUUUUACAGAUGCAUGUGUGGGUGUGUGCACACUCGUGAUGUUCAGAGUUCAAUGUGUGCUACCCUGUUUAUUUCUGCUUGAGGCAAGGUCUCCAUGCAUGAGGCCUAGCUCGUCUAACUCCUGGUCCUGCCUCUUGUUUUCCCCUGAGUUUUGACACCAUAGGCUUGUCAGCAAGAUGUUUGUGUUUGUUCGUGCUGUGUAAUAAACAAUUGGUUGACAUAUCCCACAUUUUUUUGCUUGCAACAGUUACUUUAUUUUUAUUGCACAAAUAAGCUGCUGUCUUUACAUUCCAUUGAAACACUACAGUUACAACAUUUAAACAACACUGAAGUGAACUUCAUGGUCAUGGUGUCUCUUCAUAGCAACAGAGCCCUGACUAAGAAAGCUGCCUCCAGGAAAUAUGUGCUCACUAAUUUAUCAAUUUAUGGGGGUUACUAAUUUCUCUCUUGAUUGGAUUCAAAGGCUGCUACGCAGGACAGAAUUAAUGCCUGGUACUGUAAUCAUGUUCAGAAGCCAUGGCUGGGGAGGUCAUGGGCACAGAGGAAAACUUAUUAAUUUAACAUUUUGCUAAAUGUUCUGGUUAUCAAAUGGUCACCUAAAUUUUAAUAUUUAUGACCACAGAUUUUUGCUGCUCCCAACUCAAAUGCUUUCUCAGCAUCUAAUGAAAUGAUCAUGUGGUUUUGUUCUUUCAGUUUGUUUAUAUAAUGGAUCACGUUGAUGGUUUUCCGUAUAUUAAACCAUCCCUGCAUGCCUGGGAUGAAGCCUACUUGAUCAUGGUGGAUGAUUGUUUUGAUGUGCUCUUGGAUUCGGUUUGCCAGAAUUUUAUUGAGUAUUUUUGUGUCGAUAUUCAUAGGGGAAAUUGGUCUGAAGUUCUCUUUCUUUGUUGUGUCUUUGUGUGGUUUAGGUAUAAGAGUAAUUGUGGCUUCAUAGAAGGAAUUCGGUAGUGCUCCAUCUGUUUCAAUUUUGUGGAAUAGUUUGGAUAAUAUUGGUAUGAGGUCUUCUAUGAAGGUCUGAUAGAAUUCUGCACUAAACCCGUCUGGACCUGGGCUCUUUUUGGUUGGGAGACCUUUAAUGACUGCUUCUAUUUCCUUAGGAGUUAUGGGGUUGUUUAACUGGUUUAUCUGUUCCUGAUUUAACUUCGGUACCUGGUAUCUGUCUAGGAAAUUGUCCAUUUCCUGUAGAUUUUCAAGUUUUGUUGAAUAUAGGCUUUUAUAGUAAGAUCUGAUGAUUUUUUGAAUUUCCUCUGAAUCUGUAGUUAUGUCUCCCUUUUCAUUUCUGAUUGUGUUAAUUUGGACACACUCUCUGUGUCCUCUCGUUAGUCUGGCUAAGGGUUUAUCUAUCUUGUUGAUUUUCUCAAAGAACCAACUUUUGGUUCUGUUGAUUCUUUCUAUGGUCCUUUUUGUUUCUACUUGGUUGAUUUCAGCUCUGAGUUUGAUUAUUUCCUGCCUUCUACUCCUCCUGGGUGUAUUUGCUUCUUUUUGUUCUAGAGCUUUUAGGUGUGCUGUCAAGCUGCUGAGAUAUGCUCUUUCCUGUUUCUUUCUGCAGGCACUCAGCGCUAUGAGUUUUCCUCUUAGUACAGCUUUCAUUGUGUCCCAUAAGUUUGGGUAUGUUGUACCUUCAUUUUCAUUAAAUUCUAAAAAGUUUUUAAUUUCUUUCUUUAUUUCUUCCUUGACCAGGUUAUCAUUGAGUAGAGCAUUGUUCAAUUUCCACGUAUAUGUGGGCAUUCUUCCCUUAUUGUUAUUGAAGACCAGUUUUAGGCCAUGGUGGUCCGAUAGCACGCAUGUGAUUAUUUCUAUCUUUCUGUACCUGUUGAGGCCCGUUUUUUGACCAAUUAUAUGGUCAAUUUUGGAGAAAGUACCAUGAGGAGCUGAGAAGAACGUAUAUCCUUUUGCUUUAGGAUAGAAUGUUCUAUAAAUAUCUGUUAAGUCCAUUUGGCUCAUGACUUCUCUUAGUCUGUCUACAUCUCUGUUUAAUUUCUGUUUCCAUGAUCUGUCCAUUGAUGAGAGUGGGCUGUUGAAAUCUCCUACUAUUAUUGUGUGAGGUGCAAUGUGUGUUUUGAGCUUUAGUAAGGUUUCUUUUACGUACGUAGGUGCCCUUGUAUUUGGGGCAGAGAUAUUUAGGAUUGAGAGUUCAUCUUGGUGAAUUUUUCCUUUGAUGAAUAUGAAGUGUCCUUCCUUAUCUUUUUUGAUGACUUUUAGUUGAAAAUUGAUUUUAUUUGAUAUUAGAAUGGCUACUCCAGCUUGCUUCUUCUGACCAUUUGCUUGGAAAAUUGUUUUCCAGCCUUUCACUCUGAGGUAGUGUCUGUCUUUGUCUCUGAGGUGCCUUUCCUGUAGGCAGCAGAAUGCAGGGUCCUUGUUGCGUAUCCAGUUUUUUUAAUCUAUGUCUUUUUCUUGGGGAGUUGAGGCCAUUGAUGUUGAGAGAUAUUAAGGAAUAGUGAUUAUUGCUUCCUGUUAUAUUCAUAUUUGGAUGUGAGGUUAUGUUUGUGUGCUUUUCUUCUCAUUGUUUUGUUGCCAAGACGAUUAGUUUCUUGCUUCUUCUAGGGUAUAGCUUGCCUCCUUAUGUUGGGCUUUACCAUUUAUUAUCCUUUGUAGCGCUGGAUUUGUAGAAAGAUAUUGUGUAAAUUUGGUUUUGUCAUGGAAUAUCUUGGUUUCUCCAUCUAUGUUAAUUGAGAGUUUUGCAGGAUACAGUAACCUGGGCUGGCAUUUGUGUUCUCUUAGGGUCUGUAUGACAUCAGUCCAGGAUCUUCUGGCCUUCAUAGUCUCUGGCAAAAAGUCUGGUGUGAUUCUGAUAGGUCUGCCUUUAUAUGUUACUUGACCUCUUUCCCUUACUGCUUUUAAUAUUCUUUCUUUAUUUUGUGUGUUUGGUGUUUUGACUAUUAUGUGAUGGGAGGUGUUUCUUUUCUGGUCCAAUCUAUUUGGAGUUCUGUAGGCUUCUUGUAUGCCUAUGGGUAUAUCUUUUUUUAGGUUAGGGAAGUUUUCUUCUAUGAUUUUGUUGAAGAUAUUUACUGGUCCUUUGAGCUGGGAGUCUUCACUCUCUUCUAUACCUAUUAUCCUUAGGUUUGAUCUUCUCAUUGAGUCCUGGAUUUCCUGUAUGUUUUGGACCAGUAGCUUUUUCCGCUUUACAUUAUCUUUGACAGUUGAGUCAAUGGAAUCUUCUGCUCCUGAGAUUCUCUCUUCCAUCUCUUGUAUUCUGUUGGUGAAGCUUGUAUCUACAGCUCCUUGUCUGUUCUUUUGGUUUUUUAUAUCCAGGGUUGUUUCCAUGUGUUCUUUCUUGAUUGCUUCUAUUUCCAUUUUUAAUUCCUUCAACUGUUUGAUUGUAUUUUCCUGGAAUUCUUUCAGGGAUUUUGUGACUCCUCUCUAUGGGCUUCUACUUGUUUAUUUAUGAUUUCCUGGAAUUCUUUUAGGGAUUUUUGUGAUUCCUCUCUGUAGGCUUCUACUUGUUUAUUAAUGUUUUCCUGUGUUUCUCUAAGGGAGUUCUUCAUGUCUUUCUUGAAGUCCUCCAGCAUCAUGAUCAAAUAUGAUUUUGAAACUAGAUCUUGCUUUUCUGGUGUGUUUGGAUAUUCCAUGUUUGUUUUGAUGAGAGAAUUGGGCUCCGAUGGUGCCAUGUAGUUUUGCUUUCUGUUGCUUGGGUUCGUGAGCUUGCCUCUCGCCAUCAGAUUAUCUCUAGUGUUACUUUGUUCUGCUAUUUCUGACAGUGGCUAGACUGUCCUAUAAGCCUGUGUGUCAGGAGUGUUGUAGACCUGUUUUCCUGUUUUCUUUCAGCCUGUUAUGGGGACAGAGUGUUCUGCUUUCGGGCGUGUAGUUUUUCCUCUCUACAGGUCUUCAACUGUUCCUGUGGGCCUGUGUCUUGAAUUCACCAGGCAGGUCACUUGCACCAGAAAAGUUGGUCUUACCUGUGGUCCCAAGGCUCAAGUUUGCUCUCGGGGUGCUGCCCACGAGCUCUCUGCGUCGGCUGCAACCAGGAAGAUCUGCGCUGCCGUUUCCGGGAGCUUCAGUGCACCAGGGUUCCAGAUGGCGUUUGGUGUUUUCCUCUGGAAUCAGUAAUGUGUGCAGAGUGCAGUCUCUUCUGGUUUCCCAGGCGUGUCUGCCUCUCUGAAGGUUUAGCUCUCCCUCCCACGGGAUUUGGGUGCAGAGAACUGUUCAUCCGGUCUGUUCCUUCAGGUUCCGGCGGUGUCUCCGUGUGACUGUCUUUGAGUACAAUUAUAGAGGUCUGCCAGUGAUUUUCAGUGAGUCCGUACAACUUUGUAUUUUAUCACUGAUUUAUAAAUGCAGCUGUCCACAGCAUAAUUGAACAUAUAUGGAAAUGUUUGGGGAAGAGUUCAUUCAUUGAACUAAGCUCCUUUUAUUCACUUUAUUAACCACACUAGUGAGUUCGUAUACUUCAGUAUAUGUUUGUGCCAAUGAAAACUCCUCCACACCUCUGCCAGGCUCAAUCCCACAACAGAGUUUUGCUCUCCAGCCUUAGCAGUCCAUGCCCAAACCUACACCUAAAUCUUCAGAAAACAUUUCAAGGGGGCAGGAGGAUCAGCUUCAAGAAGUUCUGCCUGUUAUUCAGGUCUAUCUGGUAAAGACACUUCAUAGGUCUUCCUUCCCAAUAUGGCUACCGUCUAUCAGUGCUUUGGGAAUAUACACAAGGGCUUUAGAAAGGGACAAAGAUUUUUGAGAAAGGUGAUGUUUUAUUUACUGAUAAAUUUACAAAUUACUGAUCCCCUUAUACAUGAACUUGUUUCAAUGGAUUUGUAUUUGAAUGGGAGGAAGAAACACAAAAUCAAACAGGGUUUUGGCAUCAUGAACUCUGUGCAUCUUUCUGUGACAGUCACCCUAGCAAGUUACCUCAAGACACCUCAGACAAUCAACCUCUAAUAGAGCAAGCUUAUUUUGGUUCAUAGUUUAAGAAGCUUGGGUCUAUGACUGAUUAGUCUUAUUGCUGUUGGUCUUGGGUAAGACAGUGCAACGUGUCAAGGACACAAGGCAGAAGACCUGCUCAUCUCAUGACAGCCAAGCAGCAGAGGAAGAGGCUGGUAGGCUGGUGUUGGGCAAUUCCCCACCACCCUGUGUGUUUGCAUGUGUGCCUGUGCCUAUCUCUGUGUACAUAUGGAGGCCAGAGGUCAGCAUUGGAUGUUUCCUGUGGUUCCUUUUCACCUUGCCUUUUCACACAGGGUUUCUCACUGAACUUGGAGUCUGCCAUUUUGGCUUGCUUGGCCGUCCAGCAAGCCUUUGAGAUAUGCCUGCACCUACCCUUUCCUCCCCUUACUGGUUCCAGGCGUGUACCACAUGAGCAGCUUGUACAUGGAUGCCGGAGAUUCGUGAAGUGGAUACUUACAGGUUCUUUGGAAAAUAAGUUGGAUGGUGUUUUGCUGAGGCAAACACAUAAAGGAACGUUUAGCUGAAGUGGACAGUUGUGAAGGAAUGUUUUGUUGAAGCAGACACAGGAGAAAGGAUGUUCUGCUAAAGCAAGCGUGUGAAGGGACACGUGGUGAAGGAUUCUUUGUUAAUGGUAGGCAUGUAUUGGUUCACCUUACAUUGCGUAGCUGAGCUCAAUUUGUCAGGACUCCACAGAGAGAAAUGUACUCAAAACGUCUGGUGAUGUGUUGCAGUUUCUUACGGCUUCCACAGAUUCGGGCUGAUAGGCAUCAUGAUGUGAGCUUAGACAGAUGCAAGAUUGACUCAUGGAGGACAUGUGAUGGUUGAAGAGACUAUUAAUAGAACUCAAUGGACAGUGGAGGAUACUGAGCUUGGCUGGCUUGCACAGCUAAACGCUUGUUGGUCUUGCAUCUUUACUGAUCUUCAUUUCCCUGGGAGAAGCACUGAAAAAAUAAAGUUCCACAGAUGUGAAAAGCAAAGCUGUGAAAAGAAGGUUUUGAGAAACACAUCUGGUGGUCAGGAUGCCUAUGACAAACUCGUGACCUUUCUGAGAUACAUCUGACGUCAGGAUGCCCAGUGAUAUGAUAAAGUUUUACUGAUCAAGAUAUUGAGGCAAUUCUGACUAAGCUAGUUAAGAGAAAACAAUAACAACUGUUCUCCCUACCCCUCCCUGUGGUGAAUUCUGAGAACAACUGCAAGAUGUCAUCCUGACCCUGCCUGACCACCCAGUUCACACCUCCCCUAAGGGAUGUGCCAACUUAGCCCUUUCCCAGUGAUUCUUCAAGGCCAGGUGUAGGGCUGGAGGGGUAAAGUGACUAAUUGAGCUAAGAACAGCCCCUUGAGCAAGACAGCCAACACCUGACCGGAUCCUUUGUUCUGUGUACCACCAAUGAGAAUAAGCCAGCUAACCCCGUUGCUGAAGUCUGUCCUCUGUAAUGAAUAAAAGCUGUGUGCUUUUUGGGCUCUGGGUUGCCUCUCCCUGUGUGGAUGAGCAACCCCACUUAUGUGAAUUAAAAAACUUUAUACUCUCUUGCUAUUGCAGCGGUCACUUUGUCAAUGUGUGCUCUGUGGGUGGCGUUCCUGAGGUAGGGCCACUUUGGGGUCUUACAACAACACAGCUGAGAAUUUGUCCUGGCAUUCCCCUGGUCCCUCCUGCUGACUAGCACUGAGGCUGAGUCCUGGCUGUUUCUUCUAGGU